AUGGCCGACAACAAGAAACAAGAAAAAGAUUACACAAAAGAGGUCGAUUCUCUACUUCCAGAAGUUGAAUCAAUAGCAAAGUCGGGUAAACUGCAAGACGCUUUGGAUAAACUCUUCGCGCUUGAGAAGCACACAAGAAACGCAGCCGAUCUUACAUCCACACUACGCUUGGUGAAAGCUGCCGUCCAACAUUGCUACGAUGCACGAGACUAUACUCUUUUGAACUCCACCAUCAGCCUUUUGAGUAAAAAGCACGGUCAAUUGAAAGCUGCUGUGCAAGCCAUUGUUGAGCAGGUGUUGAGUUGGUUAGACAAAGUUAGAGAACGAGACGGGAAUGAGAAGUGGCUAGAGUUGGUUGAAACUUUGCGAGGGGUGACAGAGGGAAAGAUCUUUUUGGAAACGCCGAGAGCACGCGUCACACUUCUUCUCGCGCAUUAUCAUGAGGGACUCUCCCAAUCAGCUACCUCUCCGGAUCCCAAAGAGUCACUACAGACUGCCUCAGAUCUCCUUUCAGAUUUACAAGUUGAGACCUACUCUUCUAUGGAACGAAGAGAGAAGACAGAGUUUAUUUUGGAACAAAUGCGCCUUUUGAUAGCCGUCGCGCGCCAGAAAGACGACGAACUGGAGAAGAAGGAUGGAAAGGAUUCACUUGGUGGAGGGGAGGCUGAGUGGAUUAAAGUUCGUGUUGGUGGUCGAAAGGUCAACGAGGAAUUCUUGAAGGAUAAGGACAAUGAAGUUUGUGAUGAGUUCGAUUUGGCGCAUAUUGAACAGGACCUCAAACUCAAAUACUACGACAUGAUGAUCCAACACGCGCUCCACGGUGAUUCUUACUUGGAUGUUGCGAAAUAUUAUUAUAAAGUCUGGGAGACGCCUUCCAUCAAGGAAGAUGUCAACGACAAGGGAAGGGCUGCCCUUGAACACAUUGCGUAUUAUGUGGUACUUGCCCCGCAUAACAACGAACAGUCGGAUAUGCUUCAUCACCUCUUUGUGGAUCCCGCCCUCGCAAAACUUGAGCUCCAUUACAACCUCGUCAAAUGUUUCACCACGCGCGAGCUUAUGCGGUGGCCUGGCAUCGAAUCGCUCUAUGGUAAAUUCCUUCGAAAAACGCCGGUCUUCUCGUCGGAGAAGUGCUGGGAAGACCUACACACUCGUGUUAUCGAACACAACAUCCGUGUGGUAGCCCAGUACUAUACACGAAUCACCCUAACACGUCUCACUUCGUUGCUUGACCUCACGCCCAAACAAACUGAAGAAGUUCUCGCGCGGCUUGUCGUGUCUGCUACGAUAUGGGCAAGAAUAGAUCGGCCCACUGGAAUCGUAAACUUCAAGAAUAAGCGGAGCGCAGAGGACGUUAUGAACGAUUGGAGUUCGGACAUGCAAAAGUUGCUAGGGUUGGUAGAGAAAACGUGGAUGGGAGUGAACGCCGCACAGGCAGCACAAUCACGCGUGAAGGCUUGA